CUCCGAGACUUACCACUUGGAGAGAAAUUUCGUAUUUUAAAGGCGAGCCUGUUGAAAACUCGUUAUGGGAAGACCAUACUCUUAGAGCUGGAGAAAAAUAAAGUCUUCCUACCGAAACGAGCUACCGAUACUGUGAAGGAGUGCCUGGAUCAAUUGAAUGAGGGGAAGAUCUUUCUAAAAUUCACAGGUGUGAAGGAUAUUGGAACGAAGUAUCCUGUAUCAAAUUUCGAAUUCAGUGAAGAAUAAAAUUGUUAGAAGUCGUCGCCAUGGAGGUAAAUGAUGAUUCUAUAUCAGUUUUUCAUAGAGCAUUCAGGUAUUUAGAAAAAAUUAAAUCUUUGAAAUGUAAGCUCAGAUGGAUUGUUCUUAUAAAUAAUCACAUAAAAUUAUACAACAAGAUGAUGAAAAAAACAAAUAUUCAUAGUCAUAAAUUCAAAAUUCAAAAUAACAUAAAUCAUUUGAAACGAUAUAAAACAAUUUUACAACGAAUGGUUUCAUCUAAAAAAGGGGGUGAUUUACGGAAUAGACGUUCUCGUAGGGUAAAGUGGGAAGAUGUUCAAUCAACCUUUACUGGUAGAGUCAGAACUGGAGUUAUUAUAAAUCUGAAACAUAUUGAAAUAAAUGAGUUUUUCGUAGAUGCCAUUGUUCUCAUUAAAAGAAGAUUGAAAAAUCUAUUGAAAAAACUGAAUAUGAUUAAAAUGAAUACAACUUUUUGUGGUGAGUUCAUAAAAAAAUCUGGAGAUUCUGAAAUACUAGAUUUCAAAUACUUUAAAUCAGAAAAUUUCAUUGUUGAUUCUGGUUGCGAUCUUGACCGACUUUUAUCAGAGCUCAUAUUAGAUAAAAUCUUAAAAAAAUUAGAAGAAUUUCAAGAAAAAGACAGCGGUUACGCACUUCAUUCUAUUAUAUCACUUGAAGUUAAUAUUAAUAAAUUUGAAAUGGGGAAUGGUAGCUCAUAUAUUGAGUUGCCCGAUGAGAUCAAACGUCGAAAGGCUUGUAUUAAUAUCAAAAAUUAUGAUAAUGCUUGUUUCGCUUGGAGUAUUGUUGCUGGACUUCAUCCUAGAGAGAAAAAUUGUGAUCGUGUGAAAUCUUAUCCAUAUUUCAAAAAUGUUCUUAGUUGUCAAGAUAUAAAAUUUCCAAUGAGCAUUAGAGAUAUUCAUAAAUUCGAGAAACUUAAUAAUUUAUCAGUGAAUAUUUUUUCGCUACAAUUGAAUAAGAAUAAAUUCGAGGUUGUGCCUACACGUAUAUCCACACAAAUAAAUUUCGAUAGACAUUUCAACUUACUUCUUAUUCAGGAUAAAUACGUUCCUGAAAAUAGCGAAAUUGAUUAUGACGAUCAUGAUGAUACACCCAUUAAAUAUCAUUAUGUGCUAAUCAAAAAUUUAUCUCGCCUUGUUUCCUCAAAACUUUCGAAAAAUACGAAGAAAAAGUAUAUUUGUGACCUGUGUUUAAACUAUUUCCUCACUGAAAACAAUUUAAAUGAGCAUAAGAAAUAUUGCAUGAAACAUGAUCCCUCAUUGAUCAAAUUUCCUAUUGAUUCACAUAUUGAAUUCAAAAAUUAUGUAUACAAACAAAAAGUUCCAUAUAUAAUUUAUGCGGAUUUUGAAUCAUAUUUGAAGAAACAUAAUUCAUCUUCAACUACAUUUUCAAAGUCAUUUAAGUAUCAGGAGCAUAUACCUAUGAGUGUGGGUUAUUACUUAAAAUGUAAUCAUGAUUCAUCUCAAUCAUUUUAUAACAGUUAUACUGGUGAAAAUUGUAUGAAAUGGUUCAAUGAUGAAUUAGAGAUGAUAGCAAAUAAAUUGAAUAUUGAAAUAAAGAACAUAAAACCUAUGAAAUCAUAUCCGAAAAAUGGAAUGUCUGAUUUGUGCCAUAUAUGUGAGAGGUCAUUUACUGCUGGAGAUGAAUCUGUAAUAGAUCAUGAUCAUUUCACGGGUGAAAUAAGAGGACAGGCUCAUAAGAUAUGUAAUUUACAAUAUAAAAAAUCAUUUAUGAUACCAGUUGUUUUCCACAAUUUAAGCGGUUAUGACUCUCAUUUCUUAAUAAGAAAUUUUUCUCAAUUUGCUAAGAUAUCAGUGUUACCAUUGAAUAAAGAAAAGUAUAUUUCGUUCACAGUUCAUCUUGAGGGACAUCAAAUUAAAUAUAGGUUUAUUGAUAGUAUUCGAUUUAUGGAAUCAUCUCUUGAAAAGUUAGCAACCUACUUGAAACCUGACUCAUUCAUUAAUUUAUACUCACAUUUUCCAAAUUUAUCUGCUAAACACUAUAAAUUGCUUACUAGAAAAGGUAUUUAUCCCUAUGAUUACAUUGAUAGUAUUGAAAAAUUGACAGAGACUACACUCCCAUCUAGAGAAAAAUUUUAUAAUAAAUUGAAUGAUGAAGAUAUAACUGAUGAGGAAUAUUCACAUGCUCAACAAGUCUGGUCAAUUUUUGAUUGUAAAAAUUUAUUAGACUAUUCCAAUUUAUAUCUUAAAACAGAUGUCCUUUUACUAGCUGAUAUAUUUGAACAAUUUCGUGUAAGUUGUCAUACAACUUAUGGAUUAGAUCCAGCUUGGUAUUAUACACUCCCGGGGUUUACGUUUGAUUGUAUGUUGAAAUAUACAUCAAUGAAAUUACAAAUUAUCAAGGAUAUCGAUAUGAUAUUAUUUAUUGAAGAGAGUAUAAGAGGUGGAAUAAGUCAGUGUUCUAAUCGAUAUGCGAAGGCAAAUAAUAAGUAUAUGACUACAUUUGAUUCUGAAAAGUUAUCAUCAUAUAUAAUUUACUUUGAUGUUAAUAAUCUCUAUGGUUGGGCAAUGAGUCAGUUUCUUCCAUAUGAUGAAUUUGAGUGGACUAACACUAAUAUUGAUGUGAUACAAAUUCCAGAUAAUGCUCCAGAAGGGUAUUUUUUAGAAGUUGAUCUGGAAUAUCCAAAACACCUACAUGAUAUACAUUCAGAUUUACCAUUUUGUCCGGAAAAUCGAGUACCUCCAGGUUCAAAAUUACCUAAAUUGUUAACAACAUUAUAUGAUAAGAAGAAAUAUAUUUUACAUUAUAGAAAUUUGAAACAGGCCUUAGAAAACGGAAUGGUUCUCACUAAAAUCCAUAGGGUAUUAAAAUUCAAACAAUCAGCAUGGCUUAAAUCUUAUAUUGAUCUCAAUACCGAGCUUAGAAUGAAGGCUUCGAACGAUUUUGAAAAGAAUCUUUACAAACUAAUGAAUAAUGCCGUAUUUGGUAAGACAAUGGAAAACAUACGCAAACAUAGGAUAGUUAAAAUAGUGAACAAAUGGGAAGGUCGUUAUGGCGCCAAAAAUCUCAUAAGUAGCCCCCAUUUUAAGGGAAGAAUAAUAUUUGGGGAAAAUUUAUUGGCAAUUGAAAUGAAAAAAGUUAAUUUGAUCUUUAAUAAACCUGUGUAUAUUGGUUCUGCCGUACUAGAUAUUUCAAAAACUUGUUUAUACGACUUUCAUUAUAAUUAUAGUCUCACUAAAUUCAACGACUCUUCACUAUUAUAUGUAGAUACUGAUUCAUUAAUUUAUGAAAUUCGAGAUCAAGAUCCAUAUCAAUUAAUAAAACUUGAUUGUCUCACCCAUUUUGAUACUUCAGAUUAUCCAGAUAGCAAUAUUUAUGAUAUUCCUCGUGUAAAUAAAAAGGUUCCAGGGCUCAUGAAAGAUGAGAACAAUGGUGCUAUAAUGAGCGAGUUUGUUGGAUUACGCUCUAAAAUGUAUUCUUUCAAAAUUGAUUCAAACAAUAAUAUCACUAAAAAAGCGAAAGGAAUUAAAAAGGGGGUAGUUAAGAAAGUUAUUUCAUUUGAUGAUUAUUUGAAUUGUCUAUUUGAUGGACAAAGUAAAAUCAUAACUCAAAGAAACAUAAUAUCUGAAAAUCAUCGGGUUUAUUCAAUGGAACAAGAAAAAGUGGCUCUAUGUAGAACUGAUACAAAACGUUUUAUAACAGAAAACCAUCAUUCACUUCCGUGGGGUCACUAUAAAAUAGUUUAG